CCUCUUACUCCAACGAUUAGAGGGCAAAAGAUUUCGACACACGAAACAUUUUUCAAGCUAACGUAGUUAAUGUGGAUGAAUUUUGGUUUAAAGAUUUACCUUGUUUUCAGGAGUAAUACAUUUGACAUGGAAAGAUGGACGCAACAGACUCCAAGAUCCCGAAAAACGCUGUUUCAGAAUCCCAUCUUGAGGAUGAAUUGGAAUGUGAUGAUAAUCAGUCGACCAGACACAGUACAUUUGAACAAUUUCAAGAAACGAUGGAUCAGUUCCAGCAAUGCAAAGUGGAAGAGGCCAUAGAGUCUUUACAAGCUGGGCAUAAGCACUUCCUGAAUCUAACCCCAGAUAGCCUCGGAAACCCGACUGAUUACGAAAAGGAGCUGGUGGAUCGAGGUAGAGAGAUGUGUUUGAGUUAUUGCUCCGCUCCUCCUUUCUUUGGUGCUGUUUUGUUAAACCCCAAGCUGAUCGCAGAUAAGGAUGACCAUUUCUAUGUCAGCUUUACUAUUGUUUUUGCUGCUGUUGCACUCAAGCUGCAUAAAUAUAAAAUAGCUAUAGACUUAUUUCAGCGAUGUGAUUCUCUUUACACAUUUGAUGCCACGCCAUGUCCUAAAGACAACGAGCAAGUUAUGGAUAUUUUAAGAGCAGUAGCCAAGGCAAAUGUAGGCUACGUUUAUCUGAUUAUGGGAGUUAUGGACAAGGCUAGCGAUUAUCUAGAAUGCGCGCUGGAGAUUUUUGAAACAUUUAAAAACAAAAACAAAACUGACUCUCUAGAAAUAAACAUUGUUGCUAUACAAACCAACUUAAGCUUAGCUUACCAGUGUCAGAAGAACUACCCUGCCGCAGUAAAGUUGCAGGAGCGUCUUAUUCUGAAGGCCAAAUACCCCAUUCUUCCCCCACAUUUGGUAGCUGCCAUACAUUACAAUAGAGCAGAGUUGUUCAUAGAGCUCAAAGAACCUGUAAAAGCACUCAUGGAGCUGAGGACGUUGGAUUCACUAUUUGAGAGGAUGAACAACGAAGAAGCAAUAUUCUCGAAAUUUAUAUCUUCAAAAAUUUGUUUGGCGUAUCAAAAGAUUGGAGAUGUGGCUCGUGCAGAGAAAAUAGCGGAGCGCUUGACUUUCCCUUCCCUUUCGCCUGAAUCGCUAUCAUCACCACUCUCGCCUUCGUUAAAAUCGUUUUCGACAGCAUCGGGGUCAGGGUCAGAGUCGUCAUCAUCAUCGUCGUCGUCAUCAGUUUCAUCAUCGUCAUCAUCAUCUCCGUCAUCAACAUCGUCAUCUUCAUCGUCUGCUUCGUCACUAAUGUCUUCAUUUUCGUUUUUCUUUACCGAUUUUGAAGCUGUCCUCGGAUGUAAUGGAAAAUGCCAAUGGGACUUCUUGUUCGCAACGAUAUUGAAUUUAGUUGAUUUUCACUUAAACGAAAAAAACUUAGACUUUGCAUCUUUCCUCGACGUUUUUGUACCAAUUUGCAAAGAAACGUUAGGGAAAAACCACCCAACAUAUGCAUCGUUUCUCUAUAGGCAAGGUGUUAGAUUUUUUCUGAUGGAAAGAAACCUGUCAUCAAAAAAUUGCUUUGAAGAAGCAUUAAAUAUUUUGACAAGUUUUGGCUACGGUUUAGAUCACCCGGAUUUGUUGCAAUGUAACAUCGCUCUUGCAAGGUUAUUAUUGUGCGAAGACUUUCAAGAGGUUCCUCAGUUGAAGUCGCGCCGUGACCGAAGCUGGCGAGAAUUUUCUUGCGACGCAGCAGAUGGAGUUGUAAGCCCUGAUAUUCCAUCAUUUAGAGAAGACAGUAACAAGUGGGACAGCAACGAAGAAUUAGACGGACCAGGUAAAAUUUCUGAUCGAGAAAACCGUAGAGGCAAGAAUUAUGAUCACCUUGAAAAUGCACCCCAAAAGGAUGAGAACAAAGAAAUCAGCAUCUCACAGAAGAUACAGAAAACACCAAAUGAAGUCAGUGGUGGACGGAAUGACACUCUUAAAGCCUCUUUUCAUGGAGGAUAUGUGGUUGCAGACAGCGGUGAAAACCCCGAUGUCAUUACUACAAAUGGGGCUUGCGGCUUUGACAAAGAUUGGAAUACCCAAGCUGUUGCCCUUCCAAAAACACCAGGAGAUUCCCACGGGAUUAAUUCGAAAACAAAAACAUAUUUUGGUUUGAAAGGUGGACGCCGAAGCGAUCUUCCGUCAGGGCACAGCUCACAAUGGGAUGCAAGUGGGGAUGACUUUGGCACAAAUCACAUCGGAAUAGAUCCCAGUUUCCUCGCACGUCAUUCUUAUGAGUGCAAUGCAUCUGAUGAGCGCUGGGAUUCUUGUGAUCCAUUUGAAGAUUCAGAAGUGCUUGCAGGUUCCCACUCCGAGUAUACCAGAUCUAGGUGUAUGACUGAAGUGUACCACCUUACUUCUCCAAGUUCAACGAAAUUUCCUGAAUGUCGUGAUUUUACAAAAACUGUUCCAGCGAAGACCUUUGGACUACCUCAAUCUUCAAGUUUCCUUGAAGAUGGAUGUAAAGCAAAUCUCCCGUUUACAAAUAUCUCCCCAGAUGGACAUGUACUCGCCGAAAGGCCGACGUUCUCAUCGCAAUUUGAAAGAAAAGAUGACGCUCCAGGAUUUCUUCCGGACGGGGAAAGUGCAGGAGCUGGUCAUGGUCUGUUAAACAGUAAUUCAAACACAUCUGCUGACGAAUCAUUGGCCGUACUCGAGCAACGUGUGGCUGAAGCUUGCUGUCUUGUCGAGAAAACGUUGAAAGAAAGACAAGAAAGAGAGAAAUCGAUGAAAGAAACGGAGCAAAAAAGAAAAGAUAAGCGGGCAAGGAAACAACAACUUGCACGUGAAAGAAAAGAAAGGGAAGCGAGGGAAGCAAGAGAAACGGAACUCAGGAAUGAAAGAGUAGAGGGGAACUCCACGAGCGGUGGACAAGAAACACCUUUGCAAGACUCGGCAAGUGCCGGGGUUCGACACUGGCUGUGUGAACAUUAUCAGCGGCUCUGCCGUGUCAAGUUCUCGUGUUGCGGAAAGUUCUUUCCUUGUCAUCGUUGUCAUAACAACUCUGGGUGUCCAAAUGACAAUUCCAAAGCAAGAGAGGCGUGUUCUGUUGAGUGCUCUGUUUGUAGCCAUCAACAAGAGAUCAACCAGGACGCCCACACCUGUGUCAGAUGCAAAACAAGGUUCUCAGCAUAUUUCUGCUCGGUAUGUAAACACUUCACAGGGGAGGAUAAAGCUCCUUAUCACUGCGAAAAAUGUGGUAUCUGCCGUAUUUACAAGGACCGCUCCUUCCACUGUGAUGUGUGUAACGUCUGUCUGGACAAACGGUUGGAAGGAAGACAUUCUUGCCGAGCAAAUUCAGGACACGAUGAGUGUUGCAUCUGUUUGGAGGACGCUUUUAGCGGUUGUCAGAUCCUGCCAUGCUCACACAAGGUUCACCGCGAAUGUGCUAUUGCUAUGAUACAGAACGGCGUGUAA